GUCAUAUGAACAUGACUUACAAUGGAAGAAGAAAACUUUACAGAUCAAGCUUGCUUUACAGACUUGUUUAUGUGGUUUAUGUGUGGUCUAGGAUCGUCGGAUGGGCUUUUGCGGUUAGAUAUAACAAUUUAAGUAACGCCUGGAACGUAAUUCACAUUAAGAAAUGACUAGUUUCUUUCAGGGAUAUAAAUAUUAUGAUACAAAAGAUGGUGAAGAUUGUCACAAGAAGAUAUGGUUCAUGACAAAGUCUGCUUUGCUUUUGAGUGGCUGGGCAGGACCGUGCUACUGUGCACUGGUGACGCACCCAGUCGGAGCGUGGCAGACUGUUCACAGCCUGGGCUACAUCACCAUCCCGCUGGUGACCUCUGCCGCGACGUUUGCCGCCACCACGUGUGCGCUGACCAACCUGCGCGGGAAGGAUGACUUCUAUAACCCGGCGCUGGGCGGCCUGGCCGCCGGCAGCAUCUUCGGCGCCGCCAAGCAAAGUCUGGCGACCGGCGCGCGCUGGGGCGGAAUCUUUGCUGUGGCUGCCAUCAGCGUCAAGGCUGGCGUCGACUACGAUUGGAGGUGGUGGGAGGCGGAAAACUUCACCCAGAGGGGCACGGUCGGCAUGUGGCGGCACGACUGGACCCUGCGCAAGGACCCCUCCAAGACGGAGUCCCAGUAGAGACCGGCGGCAUAUGAUGGUGUAUAUAGCGACAGAGAGCGACGAAUACAGACUGGUGCGGUGAGAAAA